GGUUCCAUCUUGGACGAAAAGGCUUUGAUUCACGCGCUCACCUCGUGUGAGUCGUGUUUUCAUUUGGCAGCUUACGGAAUGUCCGGUUUAGAAGCUUUUAAUCGUGAACGGAUAUAUCGAAUAAACGUCGAUGGUACAUUACUUCUUUUGGAAUACUGUAAGCGCGUGGGCGUGUCCCGUUUCGUGUUUGCUUCCACUGUGGGCGUCAUUUUCACCGGCAAGGAAUUGGUCUCCGCUACAGAGGAUUAUCCAUAUCCAGACGAUUCUGAGUACUCCUCCGAGUACUGCGCAACGAAGGCACGAGCUGAGAGGGCAGUACUCGCCGCAGAUUGUCCAACUCUCAGGACUUGCUCGCUGCGCUUCAGAGGAAUUUAUGGCCCCGGUGAACCAAGGUCCACUAACAGAGCAGCGGAGAUCAUCUACAGAGGACUUUACCUGGCUACCUUCUCUCGACGUGAUCGAGCAAUGACGCAGUUCAGCGGAGUGCACAAUGUCACUUAUGCGAUGUGGCAAGCCGACAAGGAAUUAUCCAAGCCUCAACCACGAUGUGCCGGCAAGGCCUAUCAUGUGGUGGACGCCAAUCCAGUGAAUUCGUUCCUUUUUUGGCUCCCGUUGGUCACUGCACUCUCGCGAACACCACCGUUCAUUCGACUUCCAUUCUCUUUGAUUUAUUUCGCUGCCUAUGUGUCUGAGUGGAUUGCUGUUUGGUUCAGCAUCCCCCCUAUUAUGAACAGGUUGGAAGUGAAUUUAGUCGGAGUGAGCAAUACUUAUUCCAUCGAACGUGCUACUCAGGACUUCGACUACAAACCUACAAAGAAUCAUGACUUAACGGAGGUAAAGCGAACGUCGAUGAUCUGA